AUGAUGACAGAUGGGAAACCACCAGCUACCGUGGACAUCGAGAAAGCUGUCUCUACGGAAAAACAACCAGCACGCACGCACGAUGCGGACGAGGCGUUGAACGCCUUUGAGGAGCUGCAGGGGGAGGCUAUUGAGCUUGAUGCGGGAACAAACAAACGGUUAUUGAAGAUAAUCGACUGGCAUUUGAUGCCAAUUAUGUGUUUUGUAUAUGGGAUGAAUUAUCUUGAUAAAACCACACUAUCCUACGCAAGUGUUAUGGGCAUCAAAGAUGACCUGAAUCUGGUUGGCGAUCAAUACCAAUGGCUGGGGAGUUUGUUCUAUUUCGGCUACCUCGCAUGGGAAUACCCAACAAACGUCCUCCUCCAGCGUCUACCCCUGGGUAAAUACUCAGCGUCCUGCAUCCUAAUCUGGGGCGCGAUUCUCUGCUGCUUUGCUGCCGUAGAGAACUACCCCGGCGCCAUCGCAAUCCGUUUCUUCCUCGGUGUCUUCGAAGCAGCCGUAACCCCCGGUUUUGCCCUCCUCACCUCGCAAUGGUACACCAAAGAUGAACAAGCCAGCCGUGUCAAUAUCUGGUUCAGCUUCAAUGGUUGGGGUCAGAUUCUGGGUGGCUUUGUGGCCUAUGGUAUUGCUGUCGGCACACAGCGUCACGGCUCAACUAUCGAGUCUUGGAAAAUCGUCUUCCUGUGCACGGGCUUGUUGACUGUCACGCUGGGACUUAUCUUUCUCUGGAUCGUACCGGAUAGCCAGUUGAAUGCGCGGUGGUUGAAGAAAGAAGAUCGGGUGCUGGCCGUUGCGAGAGUCAGGGUUAAUCAGCAGGGCAUUGGAAACAAGCACUUCAAGUUCUAUCAGGUAAAAGAAGCGUUGAUGGACCCGAUGACAUGGGCGUUCUUCUUUGUUGCGCUUAUUGCUGAUAUCCCGAAUGGGGGUAUCACCAACUUCUUCAACCAAUUGAUCACAAGCUUCGGCUACAGCGAAGAACAAUCCCUCCUCUACGGUGUUCCCGGCGGCGCCGUCGAAGUCAUCGCCCUCAUCGCCAGCGGCUAUACAAGCCACAUCACCCAACAACGCAUCCUGUGCAGCACAGGUGGCCUGAUCUGCGCAAUCGUGGGUAUGGUGCUUAUCGUGGCGCUGCCACUGGAAAACGACGUGGGACGAUUGAUCGGGUAUUACAUGACGCAGGCGAGUCCAACGCCAUUUGUGGCGCUGUUGUCGUUGGUGUCGAGUAAUAUGGCCGGGUAUACGAAGAAGACGACCGUGGCGGCGCUUUACUUGAUUGGGUACUGUGCAGGGAAUAUCAUUGGACCGCAAGUCUUCCGGCCAAAGGACGCACCGCGCUAUGUUCCAGCUGAGAUUACGAUUAUCGUUUGCUGGGGAGUAUGCCUGCUGAUUCUGGCUUUCAUCUGGUGGUGGUAUAAGAAGGAGAACAAUAAAAAGGCGGGGAUUAGGGCGAGGGAGGAUUAUGUGCGGUUGGAGAAUCAGGAGUGGUUGGACUUGACGGAUUGGGAGAACAGUGAGUUUGUAUAUUCGUUGUAG